GAGUUGUACGGAGGAUUGUAAAGUCCCCUUAAGUUAUCUACUUCGUUCCAGAGGCUGAAGAAGCUGAGGAUAAUAAUAAUGAUGUAAUGCAAGUGUGUUUCAGUUUGAGGCUCUGAAUUGUACAUAAAAAUCCUAAAUUAAGCAGAAUUCUUUUGAUAUAUUGCAUACAAUCAUAUACAUUAAUCCAAAGUAAAUCAUGGCAAAGUUGGUGGUGGUACAGCAUCAUCAACACCACAAAAACCCAUGUCCCUCUCGUCUCCCUUCUUCACUCUACGACUUCAAUGGUGCUGGUUUCCACACUCAAGUCAAGUUGCAGUGUAAGAAAAAGGUAUGGAUCAAGCCCAAAGGAGGAUUAAGUAUCACAUCUUCUAGUGCAAAAAGGACUUUUAUGAUGGAUGCCAUUCAAGUCAAUGAAAAGCAGUGCCCAGAAUCUCAUGCCAAAGAGAAGUGUCAGACUAAAGCUUUUGCAAUUCCUAGAAGGAAUGCAAUGGCAUUGAUCUUGUCAGGCUACCUCUUCUCAGAAGUUGUGUCAGUUGAUACUGCAUUUGCUCAAAAAUCUGUUGCCUUCAGAGAAUACAUAGAUACUUUUGAUGGUUAUUCAUUGAAGUACCCUCAAAAUUGGAUUCCAGUUCGAGGAGCUGGAGCAGACAUAUUUUUCAGAGAUCCUUAUGUUCUUGAUGAAAAUGUCUCGGUCGAGUUGUCCUCUCCAUCAUCCUCCAAGUACAAGAGUGUUGAAGACUUAGGUCCACCAGAAGAGGCUGCAAAGAAAGUACUGAAGCAGUAUCUGACAGAGUUUAUGUCAACGAGACUAGGCGUUAGGCGUGAAUCAAAUAUUCUUACAACAUCAUCAAGAGUUGCUGAAGAUGGGAGACUAUAUUAUCAAGUUGAGGUAAACAUUAAAUCGUAUGCUAGCAGCAAUGAGCUAGCUGUUAUGCCCCAAGACCGAGUACCUAGGCUCGAAUGGAAUAGGCGAUACCUUUCUGUUCUAGGAGUUGAAAACAAUCGUUUAUACGAGCUGAGACUUCAAACACCUGAAAAUGUUUUUGAAGAAGAGGAAAAUGAUCUCCGCCAGGUUAUGGAUUCCUUUAGAGUAAACAAGGUGACUGUUUAACACCAUGAUGUAAUAACAAGCAUUAUUCUUUUUCUCUUUUAUCUAUGUAGCUUUUUUGUCCUUUCUAAACUUCAUCUGUGGCCAGAUAGUUGAUUGUUUGAAUGAGAUAUGCAUUCUUGUUAA